AUGAGUUGCGAACGAGACUUGUGGCUGUCGAUCGACAGGGAUUUGACGUCACUUAAGCCGAGAUCCUUGUCGAUCAUGCACCUCGUGGGUGAAGUACAAAGGUACAACGUGUUGGAGUAUGUAUUGAACAUCAUGCCACCACGCAAGAAAGCGAAGAAGACGCAAGACGCUGGACAUGAGGAGACGGAGGAAGAUGACGAGCAAGCUGAUGACCACCAAGACUCGGCAGAUACCACCUUAUCGCAAGAAAAUGAAGACGGCAGCCUCAAAGACUCCAUAGUUUACUCCACCAUUCCCUUCGAGCCCAAAACCAUGUGUUGCGAACUUCAAGGCAACCCCAAAGCUCCUCCAGCUCUAGUCUUCACCCACGGCGCAGGCGGCGGAAUCGACUCUCCAGCAUGUCGUGACUUUGCUCGCGGCUUCGGCCAGAGUUCGCCCAUAGCAUCCUUCCAAGGCUCUAUGAAUCUCAAGAAUCGCGUGAAAGCAUUCCAUACAGUUCUUGAGCACGAGCGGAGCAAGUCUGAUCAGAUUGAUUUUGCACUCGGAGGUCGAAGCAUGGGCGCCCGCGCCGCCGUCCUCGCCACCCUCGAACUGUCAUCAGAAGAGAGAGAAACGCCUGCGGCGCUCGUCCUCAUAUCCUAUCCUCUCAUGGCUGGUUCCCAGGGUGAGAAGAGGGAGCCGGAGAGGAGGGAGCAGAUUUUGCUGGAUUGGCCUGAAGGGGUUGAUGUGUUGUUUAUGAUCGGGUCGGAGGAUAAGAUGUGUGACUUGAAGAUGCUGAGGGAUUUGAAAAAGAAUAUGAAAGCGAGGAGUUGGAUCUGUGUCGUGAGGGGUGCGGAUCAUGGCAUGACUUGUAGGCCGAAGAAGGCGGCGAGGGGAGUCAGAGAAAGAACGGGAGAGGUUGCGGCGAGGUGGCUGAGGGGACGUGAGGAAGAAAAGAAGUGGUGUGAGAUUUCGUGGGAUGGGGAGGGAGAAUUGAUGACAGGGGGAGAGUGGAGCGCGGAGGAGGAGGAUUGA